GCAUCACUGCCCUGAAAAGGGAAAAGGCCGACGGUUUGACAGCAAAGCAACAACGAGAAAAAUAAUGAACAUCGCUUUUUUUCCUGUAAAAUAAUUUCACAUCGUUCAAUGAAAAGGGUAUUAACUAUAAUUUAAGCAAUGCUGUGUAUUGUACCCCGUUGUAAUGCAUCGGACCAGGAGUAUUUGGUCGAAUUUCCUCGCAACCCAAAGUUGGUAGAACGAUGGAGGACAGCGAUUCAACUUGGCACAGGCCUAAGUCUUCCGCCGAAGGAUGAAACCGAUGAUAGUCAACAGCAACCGCAUCAGCUUUGCUUGGCCCAUUUCUCUGGUACUGAUCAUCCGGGAAUGAUCGAUUACCAGGAGCCCAGUUGUUUUAAAAACGCUGAUGGUGAUCUAGUGGAAGUUUCCAGCUGCCGGUUAUGUCUGCGAUUUGAGUUUCGUUCGCGAAUGUACUCAAAAUUGGGCAAAAUGGAGCACGUUUCCUUGAGCAGUACUAUUCGUGCGGUGAUGAAAGUUUCUUUAGCACCGGAUGAUUUUCUUACGGAAAUUUGUGACCGUUGUUUGAUAAAAAUAGACGUACUAAAAUCGUGGGCUAAGGAAACCCUUCUGCAGGAGACAAAUUAUCGUGAAUUGAUGAAUCUGGCGAGAAGCGAAACGCAAACCGAUGUGUCGAUUAAGGUAGAGACUGUUUUACUGGAGGCGAAAGAAGAACCUAAUGAGGAAGCCCCAGUGGUGGUUAUUGAGCCGGCUACAUCCAAAUGUGCCCUAAAAGUAGAUGCAGAGCAGAAAUCAGAUAAACCUGAAAACGAAGCCGACGAACCUAUUGUUGUUCCGGCAGAUUCAUCUUCGGAUGAAGAUGAUCAACCCUUGGCAAAGUUGGCAAAAAAACGUACCGUGUCGGCGACACGAAAAAGAAAACAGUCAUUUCCAGUGGAGCGUAAAAAGCGAAGCCGAAAACAAAAUCUUAAAUUGGAAGUGAGUAAAAAAAUCAAAACCAAAAGGGAGCGCAAACGGGUUUCCCCCAAGCCAGUACGGCAAGAUUAUUUAAGAAAUAUCUUGGCCAAGAAAUGUUACAUAUGUGAUAUAUCACUGGAGGAUACGGAUGAGCUGAUAGCGCAUCUGACAUCGGCACAUGCGGGAAAAAUUGAUUACAAAUGCGAAGACUGUAACAAGACGUUUGGGAAAGUAACAAUUUACAACCGUCAUCUAAGCUGUCACGAUAUCACAAUUCGGCCAAGAAAAUGUCAGUUUUGUUCGCUCUGUUUCAGUGCCAAGGAAAGCUUGAAAAUACACGAAAACAGGGAACAUGGAACUAAUCACACCCUGCCGAAACGUUACAAUCGACGAAACAAAAUUUUCCAGUGUGAAUCUUGUGGGAAAAUUUUCCUCACGGAUGCACUGCUUAAGCAGCACGACCUAUUCGUGCAUAAGAAGGUACCGGCUGCAAGUUGUAAGCUGUGUGGGAAGACAUUCGUCACAAAAGCAAAUCUUGAAAAGCAUUAUAUUGUGCACUCGAAGGAACGACCCUACAAAUGCGAUAAGUGCGAAGCCACUUUCAAGACCUCCACGGCACUUACAAAGCAUUCUCUUUUGCAUGAGAAUGUUCUUCCGUACGAGUGUCGCCAUUGCGAGGAACGUUUUUUAACCCAGGCACUUUACGCAAAACACCGACAGCUGAAUCAUAAGAAUCAACCAAAAGUGCCCAGAUCUAUCCCAUGUGGCAUUUGCCAGGAAAUUUACAGUCGAUCGGCUGAUCUGAAAAAUCACAUAUCUGACAGUCAUCCGAAUGAAACAUACCCGUAUUUCACCUGUUCGCAGUGUCCGCAACGAUUUCUCGAACGAGAACAGCUGGAAUUGCAUGAAAACAUCCACACCGAUCGGUUCGUGUGUGACAUCUGCGACAAGCAUCACUGUUCCGUUGCUCAGCUCAAGGAUCACAUGGAGACACACAAUCCGACGCAACCGUGGCAGUGCACCAUUUGCCUGAGACGGUUCAGUUUACAGUCCAACUUCUCCCGCCACCGGCUGAUCCACGAGGACGAGAAACGCUUCAAGUGUGAUUUCUGCGACAAAGGUUUCUCCCAGAAGGGCCAACUGAUGAAUCACCGACGUACACAUACCGGCGAGCGCCCCUUCACGUGUCCCGCCUGUGGUAAAAGCUUCGGCGAUCGGCCAACGUUCUACAAGCACCGGAAGCGCUGCAUGGAGAAGGACUCACCGGGGGAAAAGCGCCAGAGAAAGGCAAAUGCGGAUGAUGAUGGGUACGAGUUUUGAGAGCAGUAAUUCAUUAUAAUAAAAAAUGUUUGAGAUGUAUAUAUUAA